UGCUCCAACCGUCGUUUCUUUCCCGACCGUUUUUUCAAAAUUUUCCGCCGAAAACCCCGGAUUUUUCCGGCAGCUCCGCGUGCCUCAUCUCGCAUUGAAAUCACCUCGUGUUUGUGUGAAAAUCUCGCGUUUGGCCACGUUCCAAGGUCGUCCGGUGUGGAAGAUGGUCGUCUUUCUUCUUCCAUGAAGAAAAUCUUCAUGCAACUGCAUUCUUCAGGCUGUGGUGGCGGCCAAGCGCUUCCUGUUCUAUAAUGGGCUUGAUUUUUACGUGCGCUAACGAACUGGUCUAACGCUUACCCCAAGCAUCUGUUGGACCGCAUCUGCUCUUCUUUAGUGUGUUCAGUUCGGGUGUGUGAGUGGGACCAAGUUGGGAAAAUGGGAAAUCAUCCGUCCAACCAUCAGCCGCUGGAAAGGACUAAUGUGGGGAAAUUCGGGGAUCCACACACGAGGCGAAGUCUACGUUCUCCUCGGAAAAUGGAUAGGUUAAGGAGGUCCUUCAGGGAUUCCUUUCGGCGACGAAAGGAUCGUGUCCCUGAAAGUUCCAAACCUCAUCAAUGGCAAGCGGAUGAAUCAGCUGUCAGGUCCGGAACUUGCACUUUCGCUGUGAAAUAUUUAGGCUGUGUUGAAGUUUUCGAAUCGAGGGGAAUGCAAGUGUGUGAGGAGGCCCUCAAAGUGCUUCGAGGUUCCCGCCGUCGCCCAGUCCGCGCCGUCCUCCACGUGAGCGGCGACGGUCUCCGCGUGGUCGAGGACGAGUCGAAAGGUCUGAUCGUCGACCAAACGAUCGAGAAAGUCUCCUUCUGCGCCCCCGACCGCAACCACGAGCGCGGCUUCAGCUACAUCUGCCGCGACGGCACCACCCGGCGCUGGAUGUGCCACGGCUUCCUGGCCCUGCGCGAGUCUGGCGAGCGGCUCUCGCACGCCGUGGGCUGCGCCUUCGCCGUGUGCCUGGAGCGCAAGCAGAAGCGGGACAAGGAGUGCGGCGUGACCAUGAUGUUCGACACCAAGAACGCCACGUUCACGCGCAGCGGCUCCUUCCGGCAGCAGGGGCUCACCGAGCGGCUGGAGCGCGGCGUGGACGUGGGCCCCCCGCGGCCCGCGCCCGUCAACCCCUUCGCCAUCGAGCGCCCCCACGCCACGCCCAGCAUGCUGCAGCGGCAGGGCAGCUGCCGCGGCUUCAGCACCCUGGGCCAGAACUCGCCCUUCAAGCGCCAGAUGUCGCUGCGCGUCAACGAGCUCCCGAGCAACACGGCGCGGCUGAACGCCUACAAGUCGCCCACGUCGCCGACGAACCCCAAGCCCCAGGUGUCCCCCAUCCCGGAGAUCUCGCCCGGCGACUCCGUCACCGCUCUCUGCCAGCAGCUGAGCCAGGGGCUGAGCCAGCUGACGCACAGCGGCUCCGACGACUUCAACUUCAACAACCAGACCUCGAUCAACCAGAACACGGUCAAUCUGAGCGUCACAACGAUCAACAACAGCUUCAGCCCCAACUUGAGCCAGAGCCAGGUCACGACCAGUAUUACUUCGAACGCCAGCAGCUUGCCGAAGCCGGACCAGUGGCUGGGGCAGAUCGUCAACUCCACGUCGCCCGUGCCGGCGAAGAUGGACGGGGUGUCGCCCCGGCGGGGCCCCCUCCUGGGGGCGCACUCGCGGGCCAUGUCGCUGGACUCCUCGGGGGCGUUCCAGCGGACGGCGGACCCGUUCGACGCAGAGUGGGCCGACAUCGCGGCUAAAAACAACCCGACUAACCCUUUCCUGUCCUCAGCCGCCCCGCAGCCGUUUCAGAUCCAGCUCUAGUUAACUUGUGAUUCAUUCCAAUAAGUUGUUGAGGUAUUUGUUGUUUAAUGUUGCCAGGACUGACUGUGCAAUCUUGUAAAUAAUGUUGAGAGGAUGUGUAAAGACCCGGGGAACGAAGUUUAUGCUCAGUUUUUAUUUAUUUCAUUAGGGACGUUAGAAACAUUUCGAAUUGUAAUAACUCACCUGCCAAGCUAAAUGCACAAAAUUGUCUGUACUUAAGAUAGUCUUUCCAUAGUUGCAGUUAGACGAGUUAUAUCAUUACAAGGCUGAGAAAUGUAGGUACAAUACAUUCCAUUAUCACUAUUAAUUAACGAUUGGUGAGUUUGGAGCUAGAUUGCCGUCCACCUAUAAUUUGACCGUUCAAUUAAUCCAGUUGGACUUUUGUUACUAAGCGCAAGAAUUGACUUAUUGUUGAUUUUUAUUUAAUUUUCUAGUGUAAUAUAACUAUAAUAACGUGCAGCAUCGGGAAUAGGAUCGAAUUAAUAAUGAUAAAACUGUAUUAUUAGAAUUAUAGGUGAUAACGACUUUUUACUUUAUGUUUUUGUAAAUGUUAUAGCGAUGCUAUUUACUGUUUGUAUUUAUUACUUUUUCAAUAUGAGAGCACGCAGCUCUAAUAUUAUGGCACAUGUACUUAUUAUAUACACUUGUAUUAUACAAAAGUCUUAAUUAUGUUUUUUUCUGUAAUAUAGUAAUAAAUAAGUAUUAUCUGUUA